AUGCUUUCCACAAAAUCUGAAUCUGAUAUUACUAGUUUAGCCCCAUCAUCACCUUCAAGGUCUCCAAAACGUCCUGUAUAUUAUGUACAAAGCCCUUCAAGGGACUCACAUGAUGGAGACAAGUCAUCUUCAAUGCAACCAAGUCCAAUGGAGUCACCAUCACACCCUUCUUUCGGUCGCCACUCAAGGAACUCGUCGGCUAGUAGGUUUUCAGGGAUAUUUAGGUCCUCUUCAGGGAGGAAAGGUGGCGGCAGGAAAAGAAAUGACAAUAAAGAAUGGAAUGAUAAAGGGUGGCCUGAGUGUAAUGUGAUCAUGGAAGAAGGGAACUAUGACGAUGAGGAUAAAGCGUUUACCAGGAGGUUUCAGGCCUUGAUUGCUCUCUUAAGUUUUGUGUUUUUGUUUUCAGUUUUUUGCUUGAUUAUAUGGGGUGCUAGCAGGCCUUACAAAGCAGAGAUUAUAGUCAAGAGCUUGGCAGUAAGUAACUUUUAUGUUGGGGAAGGUACCGACUCCUCUGGUGUCCUUACGAAGUUGCUUACAGUGAAUGGCUCAUUGAGGAUGAGUGUUUACAACCCUGCUACAAUAUUUGGCAUUCAUGUCAGCUCCACACCAAUCAAUCUUGUAUACUCAGAGAUUCCCGUUGCAACUGGUCAGCUGAAGAAAUACUAUCAGCCGAGAAAGAGUCGCAGAACUGUAUCUGUGAUUGUGGAAGGAAAUAAGGUUCCCUUGUAUGGAGCUGGAUCAAGUCUAGAAGUUUCACAAACUGGUGUUGUAGUUCCAUUGAAGCUGAAAUUUGAAAUCAAAUCACGAGGCAAUGUGGUGGGAAAGCUGGUCAGGACAAAGCAUCGAAGGCAAAUCUCCUGCCCCUUGGUCAUUGAUUCUAGCAGCUCUAAACCUAUUAAGUUCAAGAAAAAUAUAUGCACCUAUAACUGA